UACACCCCUGCGAUAUCCUUCGCAUUCCAUUCCAGUGGAGGGCAUGAUAGAUCACGUUAACCUCCUGAAAAAAGAUAAUAGUCGCUUAAUGGCCAGCGAAUUCGAAUCCAUAGAUCCGGGUGGUCAAUUUACCUGGGAAGUAUCCAGUCGUCCGGAAAAUCGAUCGAAGAAUCGUUACGCCAAUGUGGUGGCCUAUGACCAUUCACGCAUAGUCCUGCAGAAGAUUGAUGGCAUCUCGGACAGUGACUACAUCAACGCGAAUUAUUUAGACGGAUACCACAGAAAGAACAUGUACAUCGCCACACAGGGUCCGUUGCCAAACACCAUUGCCGAUUUCUGGCGAAUGGUGUGGGAGCAGCGCUCCAGCAUAAUCGUCGCCAUGACGCGAUUGGAGGAACGCACUCGAAUCAAGUGUGAACAGUACUGGCCGGCUGUC